AUGUGCACAAUCAACAACAAUGUGAAAGCUGGUGGAGGCGAGUCGAUCACACAAUGCAAAGACCACGAUGACCAGUGGUGCUGCAACGCAGACAACGUCAACGUAAAAUGUUGCAAGGAAUCACCAUCGCCACGACCCUUCUUCGCGCUGCAGGACGGAGAGGCGUAUGCGACAAUUGGCCAAAACCAAGCAUCAACUGCUCCCAACCUUGCGACUAUCACCGGUCUGGCUUCGAGCGGCGGUGGAUCAGGAGGAGGAAACCAAGCAUCGAAGACGACAGCAGGAGGCUCUUCAGGCUCUCCCUCUACCGACGCCCCCAACUCCGGUUCUGCAACCGCCACGGCCGACGACGCCUCAACCACAGCCACGCCCUUCAGUUCCGUCAUCCAAAGCCUCUCCACAAGUGCCGGCGGCGGCGUCGUCACAAUCCAAAACACCGUCCUCGUAACCCCCACUCCCACCGCCGGCUCCAGCAACGCCAACAACGAUUCCUCCUCCAACGGCGGCUCAAAAUCCAACCUCGGUCUCAUAAUCGGCUGCGCAGUCGGCAUCCCCCUCGCCCUCGCCCUCGUCGGCAUAAUCUUCUGGCUCCUCCGCAAGCGCCGCCAACAAAAAGCCAUCCCCUACCACGACCCUUCCUCCGAAGUCGAAGGCGACAGCCCCCUCGUUGGCGCUGGAAAACUCAACAAGAGUAAGAAAGAAACAUACCGCAACUCGCGCCCCGCGACCGCGGAAAUCGACGGGAACCCAAUUGGCGCGGGGCGCGCAAAUCGCGUGUCUGAACUGCCGUCUGGAAACGGGUUUCAGCCGGGUCAUCAGGGCACGCCGUAUGGACCAGACGCCGUUGGAAUUGGAGGCGGAAACGGUGAUCCGAAUAGGACGACUUGGGAUACUAUUCCUCCGCAGUACUCACCCGCUCAAGCUGCUUUCACACAUCCUGAGGCUAUGGAGCUGGCGGAUACGAGUGUGCAUCCGGUGUUAAAUGAGAAGGGGCAGCCGUAUCAGGCGUAUAGGCCGCCGCAGCCUGUGGCGGAGCUGCCGAGUGUGACGACGCCGCCCGAGGAUGUGGAGAAGGGGAUGCAUCAUCGGUAG